AUGUUUGUCAAGUUUUGUAUUUUCUUCUGUAUUGCCACUGUCGCUUCUGGACUGGUCCGACAGCCAAAUCGCUUCGCCAAGCCAAAUGCCUUAAAGGCUGAUCAGAAGAAGCCACACGUUUUGAAGGCCGACAACCCUCCAGAAUACAUCACAGACGACCAAGUCUUUGUUGAUCAAGAGACUAAUCAGGAGUUCUUCAAUCAGACUGACAUGCUCAUCAAGAACUUGUGAGUUUAAUUUUUUUUUUGAAAAUUUUGAAAUUAUUUUAAUUUUUUUAAAUUAUUAUAGCUUUUUUUAAAAUUAAGAUAUAAGCAUGAAAUUUAUUGAAUAUAAACUACUUUUUAUGCUUUAUAAAACGAUGUAUAUUUCAAUUUUUAAAAAAAUUUUAUUUUUUUAUAAACAGGUGUUUUUCAAAAAGGCACCGAAUUUUUGGUGCUUUUCAGAAAUUUUCGUGUAUUUGACAUUUUUAAUCAGUCACAACUCUUUCAUAUUUUGAGUUACGGUCAUGAAACUUUGAAGAUAUACACUACUUUUUACACUUUUUAAAACUAAGAAGACUAGCUUUUGUCAUUAUUUGAAAAGAACGUAAAAUUUCAAAAAAAUGUUUUAUGGUUUUCUGUUUAAAAAUUUUUUGAAAAAUACUUUACAUUAUGCUAAGCGCAUUGGAAAGCGUACCGUAUUUUACAAAAAAAGCAUAAAAUUUUUAAAAAAAAAGUUUAUUUUUUGAUUUUUUUGGAAAUUCUCGGAUUUUUAAACUAUUUAAAUUGGCACAACUCUUCCAUGUGUUAAGGUAUGUCUACGAAACUUUGAAGAUAUACUCUAAUUUUUAUGCUAUCUGAAACUCAUGUUACUAAUUUUUGCUGUAUUUUACAAAAAAAACGUAAAAUUUCAAAAAACAGUAAAAAGUUUGAUUUUUUCGGAAAUUUUUGGGUUUUAAACGAUUUAAAUUGUCAUAACUGUUUCUUUUCUUAAGAUAUAUAUAUGAAAAUUUACUAACAUAGAGAGCUUCUUAUGCUUUUUAAGGCUAACGUUGCUAACAUUUGUCUUAUUUUACAAAAAAUUAUAAUAAAAAUUUCGAGAAAAAGUUUCUAUAAUAUCGAUUUUUACCAGAAGUUUUUGGUUUUUUAUAUAUUUAAAUCGUUAUAACUUUUUCAUAAAUUAAGAUAUAAAUGUGAAAGUUGGGUAGUAUAGAGAGCUUUUUAUGCCUUUUCGUAAUUACUGUUUAAUUUUUUAAUUUAUAUUGUUAAAAGCUCAAAAAAUUUUUUAGAAGCUUUGAAAUUCUUGAAAUUUUGAGGAAACCUUUUGCCAUUUUUUUACGAAUACUAACUUUAUUAUUAGUCAAAAUGUAAUGAAAAUUAUUAUUUUGGGUAGUGAAGCUACUAUUUUAUCCAGGAAUACCUAAAAAUUUGAAAAUCGUCAAAGUUUUUAUUCAGAAAUGACACUCUCCGCCCAGACGCCGCCAAGAUCGUGGCCUGUUACUUUGCCAAGUUCGGAGACCGUUUGUCAGUUCAAAUCAACUCGAAACAAGGUUUUGACAUCUACCAAGUCAUCGACUUCAUCAACUACGGUAUCGACGAGUGUCAGGAAGCCACUGACAACCAAAUGAUCAUUGCCGCCGGUAAUGUAUGGCUUCGUUGGGGUACUGUAAUGGAGAAUGAGACCAUUCCAGAUGGUACCAGAAGAAAGAGACAAGUCAAGCACGUGGCUAGUCUGGCUGAUCAGAUGAAGACUAGAUGUCAGGGAACGUGGGUUUUUGAAAUUUUUUGAAAUUUUUUCGAAAUUUAAAUUUUUUAAAAUUUUUUUUAAAAUUUCGGAAUCUUUAAAAUUUUAAAAAUUUUGAUGUUUAGCACCAAGAUCUAAGAAAAUUUGACAUUUCAGCCACUUCCCCUUCCCAUGUGAAGACAUUGGCAUCAUUAAUGGAGUAAACGGCAAAGACUUUUUGGAAGUUUUUGGAGUUUCAAUGUACCUGCUCAGUGAAUUCUACCCUGGAUUGUGAGUUUUGGAAAGAAAGUUCUUGCUUUUUUUUAAAUUUUGAACAUUAUGGGCAAUUUUUAGUUUGGUAAUGCAAGUUCUGGUCAUUUUCUGUUUUACAAACAAAGUUUUUACCAUUUUUAGUUUUGUAAAGAAAGUUCUUGUCAUUUCUAAGUUUGUAAAGAAAGUUUUUACCAUUUUGUAACUAACUUUGAUUUUUUUACAAGCUAGCUCAUCAAAAACCCAGUUUUCUUAAAAACCGAUAAAUUUUGUGACACUGUCAAAAAACCAAUAAUAUUUGUGGCAUUUCGUCAAAUUUUACAAAGUUUGAUAUUUCGAAUUUUUUAACUUUUUUGAGUUUUAAAAAGUUCUUGACAUUUUUAGUUUCGUAAAGAAAGUUUUUGCCAUUUUCUUUCUUGUAAAGAAAGUUUUUGCCACUUUUUUGGCUUUAUAAACAAAGUUCUUUCAGAUCCUGUCCAUUCGACUUGGCUGACCGUCUGAGCCCACAAUUAUUCGAACACAACCAUAAUGACGUCCAAUAUGACCUUAUUACCAAAUGUAGCAACGAUGACAAGGCUAUCGCUUUGGCUUUGGCCCAGAAAAUGCUCAGCUAG